GGAAGGCGUAUUUACUAAGUGUCGUGAAUGCAGCGUAAUGCAUGUUUUCACGUUAACGUGCAACAUUGUCGCUGAGGUGGCUCCAAAUUGUUUCAAAUGUUACUAAUCACAUAGCGGAGGUGCGAGUGAAGACGGAGACGCUCGGCCUGACUCGUAUGUGAGCUCCGAGGCAUUUUCUCACGGAGUGAGCGGCUCUUGUUCGGGCUGUCACAAGCAACGACAUGCCCCAUUCUGGAUCAAGGGUUUCUGACCCACAGCAUUCACAGAAGCUCCUAAGGGUCCUUCGCUCCUUCUGGCAAGAUCAGAGUUUCCACGACGCGCUGCUGGUGGUGGAUGGAGAGGAGCUGCCUGUCCAGAAGAACAUCCUGGCUGCUGCCAGCCCCUACAUCAGGACCAAGCUGAACUACAAUCCUCCAAAAGAAGAUGGCUCCAUGUACCGGAUUGAGCUGCAGGGCGUCUCCAUGGCCAUUAUGAAACAGAUCCUGGACUACAUCUUCAGCGGUGAGAUCACUUUGAGUGAAGACACCAUCCAGGACAUGGUGCAGGCGUCCGACCUGCUCCUCAUGACUGACCUGAAGUCUCUGUGCUGCGAAUUCUUGGAGAGCUGCAUUACUGCAGAGAACUGCAUUGGCAUUCGCCUGUUCUCUCUGCACUACUGCCUUCACCACGUCCACUACGCGGCCACAGAAUUCCUGCAGACACAUUUUCGGGACGUGGCGCUAACCGAGGAGUUCGUGGAGCUUCCUCCCGACCGUCUCUGUGAAGUGCUCGCUAUGGAGAAGCUGAACGUGGGCAACGAAAAGCACAUCCUGGAGGCGGUGGUGCGCUGGUUUGCUCACGAUCCAGAGGAUCGCAGAGUGCAUAUGAAGGAUGUGAUGUCUGCUAUGUGGCUGCAGGGCCUGGAUGCAAGUUACCUGAGGGAGCAGGCUAUGGGCGAACCGCUGAUGAGGGAGGUGGUGCGGGAGCACUGUCAGGCCGUGUUGGGUGAUGGUCAGCUGCAGGGGGCAGCUCUGCUCGCCGCCUUCAAGCCCAGAGGAUAUUCAGAGUGUGUCGUUACCGUCGGAGGAGAAGAUCGCAAAACCAGGAAGCCAACCGCCGAGACGCGCUGCAUGUGUCCUCUCUACGACACCAACCGGCAGGCGUGGAUCAAGCUGCAGCCGCUGAGCGUCGCCCGCCUCAACCACGGGGCCGUCACCGCCGAGGGGUUUCUCUUUGUGAUGGGAGGAACGGACGAGCACAACACGGUGCUGGACAGUGGGGAGAAAUAUGACCCCGACUCCAACACCUGGAGUCCUUUACCUGUGAUGCUGCAGGCUCGUCAGAACUUUGGCGUGGUGGAGCUGGACGGUCUAGUCUACGUCCUCGGAGGAGACAACCAAACCACCGACCUGACAACCGUCGAGGUGUUUGACCCUCACUUCAACACCUGGAAAAUGCAGAGCAGCAUGACCAUGAUUCGGAAGGUCGGAUGCUACGCUUCCAUGAACAAGAAGAUCUAUGCCAUAGGCGGGGGCUCCUAUGGGAAGCUUUUCGACUCAGUUGAAUGUUUUGACCCCAAAACCCAGCAGUGGACCGGCCUGUGCCCUUUGAAGGAGAGGAGGUUCGGCUCGGUGGCGUGCGGCGUGGGCCAGGAGCUCUACGUGUUCGGCGGCGUUAGGAGCCAGGAGAACGACAACCCCGAGCAACGGCAGAUGACCACCUGCAAGUCUGAGUUCUACCAUGACGAGAUGAGGAGGUGGAUGUUCCUGGACGACCAGAACCUGUGCAUCCAGACCAGCUCGUCCUUCGUCUACGGCGCCGUGCCCAUCGGCGCCAGCGUCUACGUGGUGGGAGACCUGGACACAGGCACCAGCUUCGACUACAUCCGGGAGUUUCGGCGCAGCACUGGGACGUGGCACCGCACCAGGCCCAUGUUAACCAGCGACCCAUCUAAAACGGCCUGCGCCGCCCUGCGCAUCGCCAACUGCCGGCUGUUCCGCCUUCAGCUGAACCAGGGCAUGUUCCCAAUCCGAGUUUAGCAGCCUGGUACCGGGCCUGCUGUAGCUUUAGCGGGUUUGGCAAAACUAAGGUAUUAGCGCUUUCCGUUGGAUGGAAGGUCAUCACUUUCAAGACUUUUUAACAUCUGAUUUUUUUAUUAAUCUUAAUGUUGGUUAUUUUAAAUGUGUGACUGGGUCUUUGUGUAAGUGGACAUUUGCUCUUUUAUGAAGUUUACUAGUGAUAUGCUGCUUGGUGAAGGCUUAGCUAAUCCAAACCUGUAACUACAAUUAGGAACCCAUGGAACCUGCAUAUUAGCAUCUGUUUGGUUGUGUAUUGUCUGUUGUUUUUUUUGGUGGCCUUUGUUUUAUAGUGCUGAGCUAAUGCUGCUCUGAGAUCAGUUUAUGACACCGUGCAAUAUGACUCUAGAAGCAAAUGUUGUGAGCGCUGUGUGGGUCGUGGGCCGACGUACACCAGGUGAAGCUCUAGUGCUAAAUAGUAGUCGAACUGUUUUCUAGUUUUUUAUUCCUAGCUUAUUUCAGCUCAGUCGUGUUGCCUCACUUUAAAGGCUGGCCUAAAGUCACUACGAGCAUUCAUUCCUACUGUAGCUUCCACAGCUUAUGUGUUGUUCAUUAGAAGCAAAGGACGAAGCAGCGUGAGGUUUAAAUAAAGCCGUCAAGUCUG